AUGAAGGAAGGCAAUCAGUCACACAUGACUGAAUUCAUUCUUUUGCGUUUCUCAAAUCUCCAUGAAUUUCAGGUCUACCUGUUUAUGAUUUUCCUUGUGAUAUACCUAAUAGUCUUGAUAGUAAACUCCCUCUUAGUGCUGGUCUCCGUAGUUGAUUCUGCCCUUCAAACCCCCAGGUACUUUUUCCUCAGGAGCCUGUCCCUGAUGGAUAUAGGUGGAACUACUGUCAUCAUCCCCAAAAUGAUCACCAAUUUCCUGUCCAAGAAUCAAAGUAUUUCCUUUGGUGGCUGUGCAACCCAGAUGUAUUUCUCCUUCUUUUUCGGGGCCUCGGAAUGUUGGAUCCUGACAACAAUGGCUUAUGACAGACAUGCAGCCAUCCGUGCCCCGCUCCACUAUUCUCUCAUUAUGAACUGGAGGCUCUGUCUGCAGCUGGCCCUGGCUUCCUGGCUAUCAGGGAUUCCCGUGGCAACAGUACAGAUUACAAUGAUGUUUACACUGCCCUUCUGUGGGCCUAAUGUACUUAACCAUUUCUUCUGUGAUAGCCCUCCUCUCUUAGAGCUGGUGUGCACAGACACUUUUGCAUUUGAAGUGUAUUGUGUAACUGGGACUGUUAUCGUCCUGAUGCUCCCCUUUGGAUUGAUAAUUAUGUCUUACAUCCACAUCCUCAUCACCAUCCUGAAGAUGUCCUCUGCCAAGGGCCGUCACAAAGCCUUCUCCACCUGCUCAUCCCAGCUCAUUGUAGUCUUGCUGUUCUUUGGGUCUGCGAGUCUGACCUAUUUCCGAGUCAAAUCCUCCUACACUACUGAGAGCAAGAAGGUGCUUUCUCUCAGUCUUCUCUCCCAUGCUAAAUCCCCUGAUCUACAGUCUUAA